AUGGCUUCAAAUGCCCCUCCAACACCCAAAACCGAAAUCGGCGUUGCCUUUGUGCUACAACCAGGGACGAACAACACCAUACCCACCAUCAUCACCCAAAACGCUGGCUUCGGCCCAAACCCCUUUCUGAGGUUCGGGAGAAGUAGCCGUGUCUUUAUGCUCAGCUACUUCUUAGGGUGGGCUGAACUUGGCGACGUCACAUACUUUGAGUGUCUUUUCCUUCCCUCCCGAUCUGCUGGCGCUCGACCGCAAUGGACCGGACCUCAACAUUACAACAAUGAUUUCCCCCUUGGCGACGUCACCGGCAUUCUUUACCUCGGCACGCACGAUCCAGCGCGACACAAAGGGAAAUCAGUUGAAGAGCUAUUGAUAGGAGGGAAUCGUCUUAGCAGAAAGAAAGAUCAGUAUGCGUGGGUAGUCGAAGCGUUGCGUCAACUUAGACAGCCAAUUGUCGCCGGACGUCUCUCGCUCCCAUCAACGGAUGAUGAAGAGCCAGCGCAGAAAAAGGCAACCCCAGGAAUGGCCGACUUGACUAUGAAUCAUUGUCUGAGAAACUUUGGAAAGAUGUUGUCCGCGGAUUUCGUCACGUACCCGCUUAUCCCACUUUGUUCCAUCAAGCCUCGAAACGUCACGCCCACCAUCGUCUACUUCCAAGGAGGUCGAUUUUUGGAGUUCCGGGUGUGGUUUUGGACUGCUAUAGAGCCUACGGAGGAAUAA